CUCUUCACGAUGGAGAACCCAGCCAAAGAAAUCACCCGCGUAAUCCACCUCCUCACGCAAUCGCCGCCCUCGAUACAGCGCGACACGAUAGAAACCCACUUCACGCCCAAUGCCUCGUUCACGCACCCGUUCUGCCGGACAGGAAGCUGGGAAAACUCGCGGUUCCUCGUGCGGGCCAUAUACCGCUGGUACAAGAUCAUGAGUCCGCGAAUCGAUCUUGAGGUCAAGUCUGUUGCUUACGACGAACCCAACCUCAUCCUCUACGUCAGCAUUCACCAGAUCUUCCGCAUCUGGGUCAUCCCCUUCUACAAAGCGCCAGUAUCUCUCGUUAGCGUCCUCACUCUCAAACACAACCGCGGCGACAGAAAAUACUACAUCGACAGCCAGAACGACCUAUACCAGGUAGACGAGUUUAUCAAGUUCGUGGCGCCUCCGGGCUGGAUACUGGUCUGGCUAUGGCAAUUCUGGUCGACCUUCUUUUGCCUGCUCGGAGCGGUCGCUCUGUGGCCGGUCAGUCUCAUAGAAGAGCUGAUCUGGGAAGAAGGC